AUGGCAGCAGAUGCCACCGCCACCAAGCCUGCGAUGCUAAAGGUUCCCCUCGAGCACCCGACAGAGGCCAGCAGGCCCAAGCCCGCACCCGAGCUCACCGAGGAACAACAACACAAGUAUGACUGGCUCCUCAACCAGGUGAAAUCAUGGCACACCCCUGACGCGGGCGUCAACAUCCCCAAAAACGCACCGUCGGACCUCACCGAAGACGAGAAGUUCUGGCUCACGCGGGAGUGCCUUCUACGCUACCUGCGCGCGACCAAAUGGAACCAGGCGCAUUCGGAGAAGCGGCUGAUUGACACGCUUCUGUGGCGGCGCGAGUUUGGGGUAUACGACAAGCUGACGUCCGAGCACAUCUCGCCCGAGAACGAGACGGGCAAGCAGGUCAUCCUGGGCUUUGACAACGAGGGCCGGCCGUGCCAGUACCUCAACCCGGGGCGGCAGAACACGGCGGCCAGCCAUAGGCAGGUGGAGCACCUGGUGUUCAUGCUGGAGAGGACGAUCGAGCUCAUGCCGCCGGGCCAGGAGACGCUGGCGCUCCUGAUCAACUUCAAGUCUGGGUCGGGACGCAGCGGCAACACGUCGCCGCCCAUCAGCCAGGCCAAGGAGGUCCUACACAUCCUGCAGACGCACUACCCGGAGAGGCUGGGCAAGGCGCUCAUCAUCAAUAUGCCCUUCCUGGUCGUGGGCUUCUUCAAGAUCAUUAAGCCGCUGCUGGACCCCGUCACCAAGGAGAAGCUCAAGUUCAACGAGGACAUGAAGACCUACGUCCCCGCCGAGCAGCUGUGGACCGAGUUCAGCGACGGCGCCCUCGACUUUGAAUACGACCAUGCAGAGUACUGGCCUGCGCUGAUCAAGAUGUGUGACGAGAGGAGAGACGAGCAGAAGAAGAGGUGGGCCCAGGGCGGCAGCGUCAUCGGGGAGUCAGAGGUGUACCUGAGGGGGGCUGAGGGGGCAAAAGGGGUGCAGGGCGCUAUCGGGGAGGCGAGCGAUCUAGUUCAGGAGAAACUGGCCAUCUCGGACUCGGAUGCUGAGGACAAGGCAAACACCACGGCGGAAGUCGUCGCAGCAGCUUAGAAUAUGCAAGGCCUUCUCUCCUGGAGGAAACGACGUACACAACGCCGGAGGGGCAUGACCGACCUUUUCAUGUGGAUUCAUUUCUUUCCUUUCUUUUUUUUAGACUUGUACAUACAUGGAAGAUAUAUAAUGUAAUAAGAAUAGAAAG